GCGGGGGGGGGGGUUGUCCGUCUCCCCAGGGGGUCCUGUUGAGGGAAAGGGAGCUGCACCUUUUCUGGGUCUGGAGCCGAAUUCGCCCCCCGUCCCGUUUAGCCACCCUGUCCCAAGAAGCGACAUCCCGCCUUCUCUGCCACGCUUAAAACUACCCGCAGUUGUUAUACUGUGACACACAUGAGAUGCUUCGUUUUCGGUUUCGUAUUUGAGGGUGGGUUGGGGUGCUGUGCCCACCCUGGUCAUCCUUUCCUUGGUCCGUCAGUGCUUACCUACCGCGAACGGUUUUUUUAAAGCGUAGAGAGCCACGACAUCGGUCAUUCGGUGGGUUCAGCGUGUUCUUUAUAGGGUCUAAGUUCUUUGCUGUGGCGUGAGAUAAAAGGCUGAUUAGAGUAAAUUAGCCUGAGGUUUAAACCCCCCCUCCAAAAAAAACCUCAUCCAGAUGUCCAAAUUGUGAGAGUGAUACUUUGGCAAUAGUGUGGCAAAUUGUAAGGAAAACUGUAUGCUUAAUAACAUAUUAAAUCAGAAUCGUUGCCAUUCUGUCACUGUGCUAAAAAUCGUUGCAACGGAUUUAAUCUCUUCUUUGGGUGCCUCCUCCACAUGAGGUCCAUAGGGUGACAACAGGGCCUUUUCUGUGCUGGCUGCUAAUUUAUGGAAUGCUCUCCCAAGGGAGGUUUGGCUGACUAACAUACCAUAUUCUUUUAAACGUGGGGAGGAGUUAUUGGUUUGGUUAGUUGUUUUUAUUACUUAUUUUGUGCUUUUAACUUGCAUUUUUAUGCAAUGAACUGCCUUGAGAUCAUUGGAUGAAGGGCAGUAUACAAAUGUUAAUAAAAUAAAUUCACAUGUAAACAUGUAAGACUCUUUAACCACCAUGAUAUGGAGCACAAAAAGAGGGAUUAAUAUCUGCUAGGUUGGGGCUGUAAAAAUAACAGCUGAUCACCUGGUUUCUUAAAAAAAUUAGCUGGUUUCUACAAAUGUAAUACUAGCAGCUAAGUGAUCUGAAAUAUAUAGGCUGAUACAAAAGCAAGGAACCACCUUGGACUGUUACAGAGGAAAUCAGAUGUUUGAGUGUCUACCUGCUUUCCUGGAUUUGUGGUGCAACUUUCAAAAGAUAAACCUGUUUAACUACAAUAUGGUGAGAUAUGCUUGUAUUUGUAUAUCAAACUAUCUUUUUUUCCAUCUGCCAGAAUACCGCUUUGGAUACCAGAAACCUGAAGCAGAGUUACCAUAGUGGCCAACCAGAUGUGUCUGAGAAGCCCACAAACAGACAACAACAACAACAACAAUAAUAAUUUAUUUAUACCCCACCCUCCCCAGUCAAAGCCAGGCUCAGAGUGGCUAACACCAAAUAUAAAACAACUGAUUAAAAUACAACUCAACAAGAAUACUACAUACAUCAAAAUAAAAUAAAAUAAAAAUGCAGCCUCAUAUAAAAGGGAAAAUGGGGGAGGGGAGGGAAUCAGGUUGGCUCCAGGCCAAAUGCCAGGCGGAACAACUCUGUCUUACAGCCCUGCGGAAAGAAAUCGGGUCCUGCAGCGCCCUGGUCUCAGGAGACAGAGCGUUCCACCAGGUCCGGGCCAGUGUUGAGAAGGCCCCGGUUCUAGUAGAGGCUAAUCUGAUUUCCUUCGGGCCUGGGAACUCUAAGGUAUUACUGCUUAUGGACCUUAAGGUCCUCCACGGGGCAUACCAGGAGAGACGGUCCCAUAAGUACGAGGGUCCUAAGGUGUAAAGGGCUUUAAAGGUCAAAACCAUCUCUUAUUGAUGCUUCAGAUAAACUGGUACUUGGGAGAAGUGAUAAAGACAGACAGAAACAUAUGUUGAGAAGAUAACAAGCGGGAACUGCUUUCAUUACCGCUUUUCCUCUCUCUUCCCUAGGUAGCAACUAUGGAUGUGGGUUGUUGCCUUGCUUGUGGAGUACCCAGACACAUCUGACUGCCCACUGUGGGAAGAGGAUACUGGACUAGGCAGACGUUUGGUCAGAUCCAAUUCAAUAAAUUAAUUGAUAGGAAAAGAUGGUUAGAUCACGAUCAAGAUCACCAAGAUGGAAACGAAGGUCUUUAUCGCCUGCCUUCAGGAGUCAGGAACACAACAGACAAAGGCACAAUCAUAGCAACUAUGACUGUGAAUACAAAGGUUUCCGGAAAGAUGCAAAGAAGCCUAUGCCGUGGCGAGUGGAAGAUGGGAAAUAUGGACAAGCCAGUACUAGAUAUGCAGCACAUGAAACUAACCACCACCGACUUUAUGAAUGUAGGUCAUAUUCACCAACUCUGAAAAGAAUCCCUUCAGAAGAUACGUAUAGUCACAAACCUUGUAGGACACAUUCACCAGAAAGGAAUGCUGAUAUUGGAAGAUGCCACUUUCCUACCAGAUAUCCAGAAAUGUCUCGCAAAGAACACAACCAUUCUUUUUAUCCGUCCAAAACACAUGACAGAGAGAUGCAUGAAGACCCCCGAGCUGCUGCUGGAAAUACAAAAGGGAUGAAGACUUUCCAUGAGCCAUUAGGGACUUCAUGUAACUUUGAAAGGAAGUGGAAUGGAAAUGAAUUGAGGCACCACCAGUUACAAGAAGACAAGUAUACUCAAUCACCUCGAAGAUGUUCUAAUGAAUUUAUGCCAAGGAGCUCUUUGCAGAAGAGGUAUCCUGCAGAUCGUGAUUACAGAGAAUAUGGGCACACGUCUAAAAGGGCUAAAGAAUUGGAGAGGUAUGAUGAUAGAGAAGUAGCAAGUAAUUCCAAGUGGAAGCAAGAUCAUUCUUCACUCAACCAAGAAAAGGGAGAGCAAAGAAACCCUGGUCUUCAAACCCAUCGGCCUGUUGUAAAAGAGUACAGUGAUAGCUGUCAAACAAAGAUUACAUAUGACUAUAGUCAGAAACGUCAUAGACAUCCAGAUGGAGGGAAAUAUAUAUCUGAUGAAAGAGCAGAGAAAUAUAUGAAGGUGGAAGAGAAGAAAUAUAAUUCUCCCAAAGAAGCUUGGAAUAGCAAAUAUUCAAAUUACUAUAAAAGUGAAAGAGUCAGGCAUACAGAUGACCCUCAUAUAGAAGCACCAGUUAAAUAUAUUUCGGGAAAAGGCUACAAUUCAUGUGCUAAAUCUCACAAAAGUGAUGCUGAUCUCUUACCCUUUGAUCAAAAAGAGAAGGAAAGACUCAGGAAAGAAAUGGAUUUUAGGGGAAGGAGAGAUCAGCAUGACACUCAUCACAAAAUUUCAGAUGUAAAAGUGUCUGAUGUCCACCACACAAGAAAGGAAAAACUCACAGUCAAAGUGGAUAUGAAGAAAACCAUAAAUAAAUACAGGAGUGCGUCUAGUCAUAUCAUGGAGAGGCAGACAUCAUGUGAUCUAGUAGCUGUGGGUAGAAAAACUGAAAAUUUCCAUCCAGUGUUUGAGCAUAUAAAAUCUGUGACGCAGAAGGUAGAACAAAACCCAUCAAAAGAAUUUGCUCAGGAAAUCAUCACAAUUAUCCAUCAAGUUAAAGCAAAUUACUUUAAAUCUCCUGAUCUAACAUUACAUGAGCGCUUCUCAAAAAUAGAAGAUAAGCCAUUGGCAAAUGAAGUUAAAAGACAUUCAAAUCCAGAAAUUCACAGGAGAAUCGAUAUGUCUUUGGCAGAACUUCAGAAAAAAAGAGCUGUUCCAUGCAAGUCUGAGCAGAGCGUGAUGAGAGUUCUAGAAGAUCCAAAUGAUCUAAGAUAUGACAUUGAGAGAAGAAGAAAAGAAAGAUUGCGGAAUGAAGAUGAGAACAACUUUUAUAUCGAUGGUGCAUCACAUAGGGAUGAACAGAGUUGUAGCUUUCCAAAAUUACGAAACAGUCAAAUGUAUGGAUUCCAAAAACCUGCAAGAUUUCUAAGACCGCCUUUCAGGAAGUUUAUUAGGAAACCUCACAUGAAUCAUUAUUAUACUUCAAAAUCACAUGGUGAUAUUGCACAUGAUCGGUUUGAAGACAAUACUGAACAUCAUGAAACAUUUCGAAGACCCUUCAAGCCCCACUUUAGUGAUGGCCGUCCCCACUUUAAAUCAAACUUAGUACAGAAGGGUUUAUACAUACAGGCCAAAUACCAACGAUUACGUUAUGCUGGAACAAGGGGAUUUACCACUAACAAAUUUAGAGGAGGAUUUUUGAGGAAAGAUAAGGGCCUGGAAAUAUGAGCUGCAGUACUGAAGGCGAUAUCUCUGAUUAUGAUGAUCGUUGCAAGGGAGCAUCCGAUUGCAUUUGUCAAGAACUGAAAUGGGAAAAGCAAAACUAAUACUUUAAUUUUUCUUGAUAAAGAUAAUUUUAUUUUUCAUUAGUGGGAUGUUGCAGAACUUUUUUACAGUUUUAAUAAUGGCUUUUCAAAUACAGUAUUCAACUGAACAUUGCAGGGUUGCUCCUUUUACUUCCUCUUGCCGGCAAGUCAGAGAAAAAAAAAAGACUGAAGGGAGUCUUUAUUUAUUGAAUAUUUCCCCCCCACUCUAAGCAUGGUUUUAUUACUAGAAAACGAGUUGUCAU